AGAUCACUCUGUUCAUUUCAUUCUUUAUGGUUGUAUAAAUGUUUUAUUUCAAAAUUUGUACUAGUAGUUAAUCCUGAACUUGCAGGCAAAAAAUCUUUUAUAUGGUUGGGUCCAAGACCACAAGUAUUAAUCAUGGACCCAGAGCUUAUAAAGGAAGUACUCUUGAAAACCUAUUUGUAUCAAAAGCCUCGUGGAAAUCCAUUAGCAGCAUUAUUGGUACAAGGACUAGUAAGCUAUAAGGAAGACAAAUGGGCCAAACAUAGAAAAAUUAUCAAUCCCGUUUUCCAUCUAGAGAAUUUAAAGGUAAAAAUGAUUUUGCACGAGUCAUUAAGGCUAUAUCCCCCAGUAACAACAAUUGGCCGGCGGGCUAAUGAAGACAUUGUAUUAGGAGAACUAUCUAUACCAGCUGGUGUGCUAAUCUCAUCGCCAGUGAUCUUAUUGCAACAUGAUAAAGAGAUAUGGGGUGAAGAUGCAAACAAGUUCAAUCCAGAGAGAUUUAAAGAAGGAAUAUCAAGUGCAACAAAGGGUCAAGUUACAUAUUUUCCAUUUUCCUGGGGUCCUAGAAUAUGCAUUGGACAAAAUUUUGCCACGUUAGAAGCAAAGAUGGCUGUGUCUAUGAUCCUACAAAGCUUCUCUUUCCAACUGUCUCCAUCUUAUGCACAUGCCCCUCAGUCCAUAAUUACCAUGCAGCCUCAGUAUGGUGCUCCACUUAUUUUCCACAAACUAUAAUUUGAUAUCUUAUGAGAGGUAUCUUGUAAUAUAAUAAAGUUUAUUGAGACUCGCGCGGUUCAUGGACGGAGUUACAAUAUUAGAUACGGGUACGGAAACAACCUGCUACUGUAUAAAGACAAGGAUAAGAUCUACGUACACCCCACCUUCUCUAUAUAUGUUGUUGUCGCCGAACUCGUAUUUGUAUCAGGAAAUCUAUUAAUUAUAUAUAAAU